AUGGAGAAAAAUGAAAAGGAUAAUAAUGUGUCCGAUGAAGAAGAAGAAUUUGUUGAAGAUGAAGCGGAGAGGUUGAAAAAGAGAUGUGAGAUCCCUCCAUACCAACCCCUUGACCGUAGCGACGACGAGAUUGUGACAUUGCAAGACAUUAUAGAUUCUGAAGAAGAGUUGAAUGAGAGAGCUAAGCUCUUGUUUGGCGGCUCAGAUAUAAAAGUGUGCACAUAUCCUGAGGGAUAUAAACCUAGGCAAGCAGUAUUCACUUGUCUCACAUGCGCUCCACCUCCUAAAAGUGCGGCCGUGUGUUUCGGGUGUAGUUUAAAUUGCCAUGAGGGGCACCUUCUUAUAGAACUCUACACUAAGAGAAAUAUUAGAUGUGAUUGCGGCAAUUCUAUUUUUGAUCAGAAGUGUUUAUUGUACGAGGAGAAAGAUCCAAUCAACGAGCAAAAUAAAUACAAUCACAACUAUAAGGGAGUGUUCUGUACAUGCUUGAGACCAUAUCCAGACCUGGAUUGUAAUGAUGAGAUGUAUCAAUGCGUUAUAUGUGAAGAUUGGUUCCAUUUUUCGCACUUGAAAAUACGCGACACUCCUAGCAACACUUCUGACAUUUGUUGCUUUAACUGUGCCGAAAAACAUCCAUUCCUUCAGUUGUAUUGGAAGGCAACCGCAAAAGUUUGCUUGAAGGGGAUUACUAGUAAGCGUUGUGGAAAAACCUUAGUCUUCGAUAGUGAAUGGAGAAAGUUCAUUUGUAGGUGCUCUCAUUGUGAAGAUAUGCUGUCUAAGAGCAACCUGAGUUUUCUGUUAGUAUUGGAAGAUACGAUUGCUAACUAUGAGGAAACCUCCCUGGAAAUGACGAGAGAUGAGAAUGAUACAGUUGACGAUGGAGAUACACUAGUAAAGGAGUUGGUCAAAACCACUGGGAGAGAAGGAACCGUUACUUUACUCAAAGGCUUUAACGAUUUAAAAACGAAUCUCGGAGAAUUCUUCAGUGGUAUCGCCGCUACUGGAGACGUUAUCACGAAAGAGCAUGUUGCUUCAUUCUUCGAGAAUAUGAAGAGGCCAAGACUCGACAACGAAGGCGGAAGCAAGUAA